AGUCUUGUAUUUGUUGCGCUACGAGCUGUGAAAUACAGUAGUAGCACGUCGAGCUAGCAGUGAAAUAGUUCAUAGAAAUUUUUCUCGUAUAGAUUUUCGUUUUAUCAUUAUCUCUUUGUGUCAUCUAAAUUAUUUAUUAAAUUAAAAUACACAAAACAAUUUGGCCGGGAUUUGAAAGUGAUUAUGAUCAUCAGGAGGACCUUGAUCAUUUCGAUCGUUAUUUUCCUUAUUCUUGCUACUGGGGAAGCCCGAAAGAGUGGUGGCGGUCGUAAAAGCAGCGGGGGAUGGGGUUGGGGAGGACGUUCGUCCUUAAGGACAACACCACGACCACCCCAAAUUAAAUCUCAAAAUACUAAAUAUGGAUGGAACGUUCCACAAACUAACAACAGACAAACCAGCAGUAAUACGGCAUCAAAGCCAUCUGCUCCACCAGCAGAUCAUAACGUUGCUUCUAAGACUAGUGCAACUUCCUUGCAAUCAGGAUAUUCUCCAUCAGGUGGAUAUCCUCGUCAACAAGUUGGUUCCCAGCAAAGUUCACCUAAUUCUUAUAAUAAUGCUGGAUACAAUCCAUCAGCUGGUUAUAAUCCUGCGGUCGGUGGCUAUAAUUCUGGCUAUAAUCCCGGUUAUAAUCCUAGUUAUCCAGGUCAAGGUCAAUCUUAUCAUUCACCUAAUAUGGGACAACCUUAUAAUCCAAUGGGUCAUGGGUACAAUCCAUCGCACAAUCAACCUUUUAAUCCAUCUUAUGGUCAAUCCAAUAAUCCAUCGUUCGGACAAGCGCCACAACAAACUAUUCUUUUGGCAUCCUCGCAACCGUACAAACCAGGUAUCGGGCAAAUCGCGAAAGAAGCUUUUGUCUACGCUGGAGUUAGUGCUGGUGUAAAUGCAGCCGUGAGCAGAAUUCUGCCAGGAGGAAUUUAUGGGCAUAGUGGUGGUGGUGGAGGUAGUAGUAGUGUUAGCAGUAGUGGAGUUAUUCCUGCUACUUCUCAUACUCAAAUUACUUAUAAUAAUUAUUACAACAAUCAAUCUGCUCCAACUCCAAACGCGGGAGAGACUCAACCUGUUCCGGGUCAACCUGCUGCAAGUCCUCCUGUACCAUCGGCAGAACCUCCUGCUGUUAACCCAUUACAAAAAACUGAAACUAAUGCAAAUAAUAAUGCUUCUCCUGGAACUAAUAGUAAAUCCAAUACUCAAAAUACUCCGGAAUCCAGUAAUAAUCCUAAUCCACUCGGUUUUGUAACUUCUAAUGAAGAUAUUAAAAAAUUGUCGGAGGAAUUAUUUAGUAAAGAUGUAAAUAAUGCGUUCAAGUAUAUUACCAUUAAACUACAAGGUCAAAAGAAAGACGACAGUGUUACCGAUGACGCGAGUGAUCCAUUGUUGGAUGUGAAGCCAGAAGCUUACGAAAUAUCAACGAUCAAAUCUGUUAUCGAUCUUCAUGAUAAUUAUGAGCUGGAUGUUAAAGUGAAAGAAAAUCUUACGCCUGAAAAACGCGAAAAGGAAUCUCAGUUGCUCGAUAAUUUCUUAAAAACCGAUGUCCUUCAAAGCGCGAUGAAAUUCUUAGCUAGCAAAGGAUAUAUACCCGAUGAUCCAUAUGAAUUCAAGGAUACGUUAAAACGCAUAUGGUUCUCACAGUUUAAACGAAUAGAUGGAGACGCAUCAAGUUCCGGCUUUGAAACGGUUUACUUAGCAGAACAAUUUGAUUCUGAUAUAAUUGGUUUACAUAAUUGGAUCUAUUAUGCUAAGCAAGAGGCUGAGAAAAAGAUCGAUUAUCUUGGAUAUAUUAAAGAACUAACAUUUGGAGACAAAGCAGCUAUAGUCAAAGUACGUUCUAAAUUAAAUGGUUUUAUUCAACCAGUGACUACUCUUUUUGUUGGCACAUCACCAGAGUUAGAGAUGGCACUUUAUACUGUUUGUUUCUUUGCGCGUCCAAAUACUGCUUGUCCUUUAUCUUUUGGUGGAACUGAUUUCAUAAUAAUUGCAAACAGAGUUAAUUACUUUGGUAAAGACAUACUGGUCUCUGCAUUUCCAGAAAUAUAAUUUAUAAGAGAUCUAUAAUACUCUUAAUUAAAUAUUGCACAUUUAUGUUAUCAAAAAUAAUUUUUUUUUUUUUUUUUUGGAAUCUCUUAUUUCAUAGAUUAUAAUUCAUAUCCCUAUGAGGUGUGAAAAAAAUGGCUUCUUAGAAAUUAUUUUAAAUAGGUAUCAACAUUUAUAGUAAAUACUUGUGUAAUCAAAUGAAAUAAUUAUGAGAAAACAUGCAGUAUGCUUAACAUAAUGUAAUAAAAAAUACUGUAAUCGGCAA